CUGUGAGGCCAACUUAGGGUCGGUGUGCGCGAGGAGGGACGGCCGGGCGGACCGGCUUGGGGUCCGGGAAGCAGAGCGCUGCGCCGCGCUGGCUGGCUGGCCGGGGACUGGCAGGAACCGGAGCAGCACUGCCGCCUCUGGCGCGAAGGCUCAGGCGCCUCCUCCCGCCCCAGUCACUGUGGCUCCGCGCACGCCGCCGGCAGCUGCCCUUUCCGCCUCUGGGGAAGAAAACCCGCGGGCCGCUGUCGCGCUGCAACCAUGGCCUCGGGCCGGAGAGGCUGGGACAGCUCCCACGAAGACGAUCUGCCCGUGUACCUAGCCAGGCCGGGCACCACAGACCAGGUCCCGCGGCAGAAGUACGGAGGCAUGUUCUGCAACGUGGAGGGCGCCUUCGAGAGCAAGACGCUGGAUUUCGAUGCCCUGAGCGUGGGGCAGCGGGGCGCCAAGACACCCCGAAGCAGCCAGAGCAGCGUCCACGGCUCGGGGAGCCGACCGGGGCUGGAGGGGGAUCCCCCGCGCAGGGGCCAAGGCCGGGAGGAGAGCAGGGAUCCCGCGCCCGCGUCGCCCGCGCCCGCUGGGGUAGAGAUCCGAAGCGCCACCGGCAAGGAGGUUUUGCAGAACCUUGGUCCCAAGGACAAGAGUGACCGUCUUCUCAUCAAGGGAGGCAGAAUCGUCAACGAUGAUCAGUCCUUUUACGCUGAUAUUUACAUGGAAGAUGGCUUAAUAAAGCAAAUUGGAGACAACCUGAUUGUCCCUGGAGGAGUGAAGACCAUCGAGGCCAAUGGGAAGAUGGUGAUCCCCGGAGGCAUUGAUGUCCACACUCACUUCCAGAUGCCCUACAAGGGGAUGACCACAGUGGAUGACUUCUUCCAAGGGACGAAGGCUGCCUUAGCGGGUGGUACAACCAUGAUCAAUCUGCUGCCUCAAACAGCAUCGAUGCUUAUUGACUUCUGCUGGGGAGUGCUGGAGCAGGGAGGCAAGAAAGAGGCGCAGAAGCCCAUUCUCGAUGACAUCACGCAGGCAUUGUUGCUUUUACAGGGGGUUAACUCCUUCAUGGUUUACAUGGCCUAUAAGGAUUUGUAUCAAGUGUCCAACACAGAGCUGUAUGAGAUCUUCACCUGUCUGGGAGAGCUGGGAGCCAUUGCUCAAGUUCACGCCGAGAACGGCGAUAUCAUUGCCCAGGAGCAGAGCCGGAUGUUGGAAGUGGGCAUCACUGGCCCAGAAGGUCAUGUACUGAGCAGACCAGAGGAGCUGGAAGCUGAGGCUGUGUUCCGUGCCAUCACCAUCGCCAGCCAAACCAACUGCCCUCUCUAUGUCACGAAGGUCAUGAGCAAAAGUGCGGCCGAUCUCAUCUCACAAGCCAGGAAAAAAGGAAAUGUGGUCUUUGGCGAGCCCAUCACUGCCAGCCUUGGCACAGAUGGAACCCAUUACUGGAGCAAGAACUGGGCCAAAGCAGCGGCAUUUGUGACAUCCCCACCUCUGAGUCCUGACCCAACCACUCCUGAUUAUAUCAACUCCUUGCUGUCCAGUCGUCCACAGGCUGCAGAGUAUAACAUCUUCGAAGGGAUGGAACUGCGUGGGGCUCCUUUGGUGGUCAUCUGCCAGGGCAAGAUCAUGCUGGAAGACGGCAACCUACACGUGACCCAGGGCGCCGGCCGCUUCAUCCCCUGCAGCCCCUUCUCCGACUACGUCUACAAGCGCAUUAAAGCCCGGAGGAAGGCCACAGGGAAAAUGGAUGAAAACCAAUUUGUGGCUGUGACAAGCACAAAUGCUGCCAAGAUCUUCAACCUGUAUCCCCGUAAGGGGAGAGUAUCUGUGGGUUCUGACAGCGACCUGGUGAUCUGGGAUCCAGAUACUGUCAAGAUCGUGUCUGCCAAGAACCACCAGUCGAUUAUGGGCCUGGAAGGUCCACCUGCAGUUUUGGUGUAUGGAAUGGAUAGGAAGAUGAUGCGGGGUCAGAAGGCAGAGUUCUGA